AUGUCGGAUACUAAGUAUGCCCCACUGGGUAAACUCUCCGCUUUGCAAAAGCUUCAGGUGAGACUUGGUAACACCGGCGUCAGAAUUUCCCCUCUUGGUCUUCUCGUUGGAUUCUUCUCUAUGAUUGCACUCUGUUACUACAUCCUGGUGCCCGCACCAGUGCCCCUUCAGUCCACUGCAACUCAAGUUUCCAUGAAAGAGCUGAUCAAGGCUUCAAUCGAAUUCGCCGAACGAGGUGGCAAGAUCCUCGUCGACAUUCGAAACUCCCCCGACAUUGGACAGGCUUCAAAGGGCACUCACGACGAUGUCGCCGCUGGCGAUAUUGGCGCUGACGAUCCAGUCACAAACGGAGACAAAGAAUCACACAAGGCAAUGACCUUCGGUUUUACCAAGUACUUCCCAACCAUUCACGUUGUCUCUGAAGAACACACCGCCAAGCCCGAUUUGGACGCUGUUGCCGCUCCUUCCAACCGAAACCGAGAGGUCGACAGAAUUCUCACUUCUGACGAAUUCCUCGACCCCAACCGAAUCACAGUCUGGAUCGAUCCCCUCGACGCCACUCAAGAAUACACUGAAGAUCUUCGUCAGUACGUCACCACUAUGGUCUGCAUUGUUUACGACGAAAAGCCAAUCGCUGGUAUCAUCCAUAAACCAUUCGAAAAGUCUACUUCUUGGGCUUGGGUUGGCCACGGUGGAAACAUGGUUGACAACUCUGCCAGCGCUCCCAAGAACUCUGUCAUCGUUUCUCGAUCUCACGCUGGUGGUGUCAAGGAUGUCGCCAAGGCCAGUCUCGGUGAAGAUGUCACUGUCGUCCCUGCUGGCGGCGCUGGUUAUAAAGCGGUCAGUCUCUUCGAAGGUGUCGCAGAAGCUUACAUCCACACUACUCUGAUCAAAAAGUGGGAUCUCUGUCCUGGUCACGCCAUUAUCAAGGCCUACGGAGGCAACAUGUCCAAAUUGGAUGGAUCGGAGAUCAACUACAAAUAUGACGCUGAUCCAAAGAACGAAGGUGGAAUGGUCUCCUCGCUGCAUCACUACCCAGAAAUGCAAGCUGCUUUUAAGGACGCUAUGAACGCGUAA